UCAAAAUUAAAUUGCAAAAUGUCGUUUCAUAAUUUUGAUUAUUUCCAAACACACGGACAGACAGACAGACGGACAGACGGAAACGGGAGACCUAUUUCUUCGUACUCUAGGAGUCGGGAACAGUCGAGAAAUCGUAAAAGUAGACUCGCUUACCCUCGGGAAGUAAAAAUAAAAAUAUAUUACUAAAGCCGAAACGUUGUAUCUCGAAAGGCAUAGACGAAAACGGAGAUCUACUUUUUCAUAUUCCAGAAACUAUAAAACGUCUAGAAAACAUUCAUUACUACGUAUAAUAUUUCCCACGCUUACGCUGCCCGAUUUAUCUAACCCUAGAAAGCACUUCCAAUAAUACUAAAUUCGGUCUUGCACCCCUAAAAAUAAACUUGAUUGACGUUAUCUUUUUGCACUCCGAAAAGAACGUUUUCUCUAAUUCAUCUCUUUCGUAAAGAUUUGUUUAAUUUUCACUGUAGCUUUUAAUUACUUGAUAUUUUUCUGCGAUAUCAACGUCACAAACACAGAUGGUAAAAAUAAGCAGCAUUUUAAUCCUUAAAAUAAAGUUCCCUGCAAUAUUUUCCCAAGGUUUGUUACUGACACUCUCCCACAACACGACAAAUCCAUUUGAAAUAAGAACGUCUAAAACAGACUAAUCCACAUCGUCUUCCUGACUAUUUAAGAAAAUAUGGAAAUUCUCGGAUUCAGUUUCCAACUAAUCUCCUUCACCACCACAACUAAUAAUAAUGCAAAAAAUUGCAACUUUAUUCGUACUCACAAUCGGUUUGAUUAUUAACCCAGUUUUAGGCUACCCAUAUGCAGGCGACGAUUACCGCUACCUAGAUCGAGACUAUGCCAGUCCUGGAGCCCACCAACUCGCCAGCUGGAUCGCUUCGCAACUACGUCCCCCUAAGGAACUCGUCCCGCCACAAGAAGUCCCAAUUCUACCCUACCGCUUGCCCCUACAAGGAAAAAGAAAUUCGGAAGUCAGCAAUGCCAUCAUCGGAUCAGAAGAAACCCAGAAAUUAUACCGCGACGGACGGAAAUAGACUUUUCGUAAUUUCUUUAUUGAUUUGAGUGUGACAGGUUUUAUUUAAUGUCACUUGUAAUGCUUAAUGCUCGAAAGGAUUAAUAAAUCAUUUGGCUGAAAAGGUGA